UGGCUGAGACUAAGAUUUUGGGAAUGUUGAAUAAAAAAGGUGUAACACAACAAGAUGCUUCUAAAGUGGAGGAGAGAGGACACUGGGGCAGUAAGGUGGAGUUUCUCUUGGCUGUGGCAGGAAAUGUUGUUGGCCUGGGCAACGUGUGGAGGUUUCCCUACCUCUGCUACAAAAAUGGAGGGGGUGCAUUCCUGGUGCCGUAUCUGAUAUUUGUGGUGACAUGUGGGUUACCCCUGUUCCUGCUGGAGACGACUAUAGGCCAGUACACCCAGGCGGGGGGCAUCACCUGCUGGAGGAAGCUAUGUCCACUGGCAGAAGGUAUCGGCUACGGUGGGCAGCUGAUCCUGCUCUACAGCUGUAUGACCUACAUCAUUAUUCUGGCCUGGGCAUUGCUCUAUCUGGUGUUCUCCUUCAGCUCCCAGCUUCCCUGGGCCAGCUGCAACAAUUACUGGAACACAGAUGACUGCGUAGACUUUUCAACACAAAACAAAACCUUUGAUUGGACAAACCAGACAAACUCAACCUCUGCUGCCACAGAGUUCUGGGAACGACGAGUGCUGGGUAUCUCAGGGGGGAUUGAGGAAAUAGGCAGCAUCAGGUGGGAGGUGCUGUUGUGCCUCAUUGCAAUGUGGAUCGUCUGCUACUUUUGUAUUUGGAAAGGGGUCAAGUCUACAGGAAAGGUGGUGUACUUUACUGCUACCUUCCCCUAUGUGAUGUUGGUAAUUCUUUUGAUCCGUGGACUCUCUCUCCCUGGGGCUCUACAAGGAGUACUGUAUUAUCUUCUGCCUGAACUUUCACGACUCACAGACCCACAGGUUUGGAUGGAGGCUGGGGCUCAGAUCUUCUUCUCAUACAGUGUGGGUGUGGGCUCCUUAACUGUGCUAGGCAGCUACAACACCUACAACAACAACUGCUAUAAAGACAGUCUGUGGCUGUGUUUGCUGAACAGUUGUACCAGUGUGGUGGCUGGGUUUGCAGUCUUCUCUGUACUGGGAUUCAUGGCUCAUGAGCAAGGUGUCCCCAUAGCAGAAGUGGCAGAGUCAGGUCCAGGCUUGGCGUUCAUUGCAUACCCUCAGGCUGUAGCCAUGAUGCCUCUUCCCCAACUGUGGUCCAUCUGUUUCUUUGUAAUGCUCAUUCUCUUGGGUCUGGACACACAAUUUGUUGCCAUGGAGGUGGUGAUGACAUCCAUCAUAGAUUUGUUUCCCACAGUUAUGCGCAGGGCAGGCCGGCGGGAAGGCCUGCUCCUUCUCUUCUGCUUCAUAUGCUUCUUCUCUCAGCUGGUCAUGAUCACUGAGGGAGGAAUGUAUGUGUUCCAGAUGUUUGACUACUACGCCUGCAACGGAGCCUGCAUCCUAUUUCUUUGUGUGUUUGAAACUUUGGCGCUGGGAUGGGUAUUUGGGGCAGAGAGGUUGUUUGGCAUCAUCAAGGACAUGACAGGUGUGCAGCCCAACCCUUUCUUUAAAAUCUGCUGGCUUUACCUCACCCCAUUGGUCUCACUGGGCUCUUUUAUAUGUUCUUUAGUUGAGUACCAGCCUCUGACCUUUAACCGCUGGUAUGUGUACCCAGCCUGGACAUACGUGUUGGGCUGGCUCAUGGCCCUCUCCUCUAUUCUGCUAGUGCCGGGAUGGGCGCUGUAUAAACUGGGAACUGGGACUGGGAACCUCACUCAGCGUUUCCAUCAUCUGUGUCGACCUGACCCCGACUGCUCACUGACCCAAAAGAGAGAAACUGAGCUGCACAUUGAAGGGGGAAAUCUACAACACCUGUUGAUAUGAAACAUUACAUGAUGCUAAACUCUUUCUUCCUGUAUUAUUUUU